UCUUGUUGGCCCGGUUCUGGUCCCUGCAGGCCAAUACAGGGUAUCACUGAUGGUGAGAUUCGGGGCAUCUCAAGCUGCAUGCCUCGAUCGGAUAUGAAUAUAAAUACAGUGCACCUCUGCUGUCUUGUUGUCAAUCAUUUCCUUAGAAAUCAGCCUCUCGAGCCCAACAUCCUCAGCAACGACAUCUCCAGCGCAAGCAACGUCCUUGAUCAAGCUUAAAUUCAACUCCAAAUCUUUCAAUCAAAAUGCGUUUCUUCGCUUUCCUCCUUCCCGCCCUGACUGCCGCCUCCCCCUUGAUCCCUACUCAGGAGUUAAAGGAUGGCCCUGACCCCAAGGAAAUCCAGAUCGUCAAUGCGAGCUUCUCUGGCAACGGCUGCCCCCAGGGAACUGUGGUGACCAGUAUCUCGCCUGACAAGACGAUAAUCACCUUUGGUUUCGAUCGCUUCCAGACUUAUAUUGGCCCCGGCUUCAACCCAACUGAGCGGACCAAGAACUGCCAGCUUCACCUGAACCUCAAGUACCCGGGUGGAUUCCAGUUCUCCGUUGUCGAGAGCACCUAUCACGGCUAUGCACAGCUCGACGAGGGCGUCACCGGCACCUUCUACUCGACCUACUACUUCUCGCAGGAUGCUCCAUCCACCACCACGACGCAGACUUCCAUCACGGGUGGAGGCAUCUGGGCCCAGGGACAGGUCUACACCAAGACCGACCAGGUCCCAACCACCUCGGUCGUCUACUCGCCCUGCGGCGCCAACGGGAUCCUCAACAUCAACAACCGCAUCAGCCUCACCAGCACCAAGUCAACCGCCAUCGGCAUCAUCUCGGACGACGACGCCACCGUCGCCUUUACCCAGCAGCUCAACCUCCAGUGGCAGACCUGCAGGAAGUAAACUCGAGCCGAAACCGCUUGAUGCUCGAGGUGCUCGAUCUUACUUCUCAAUUAUUCUGUGAAGGAAGGAAGCUUGACCCGGACCGACAGCGGUGGUGAGUGUUGCACGGGGGUAUUGUGGUGCGCGUUGCAGUGUGGUGAAAAGGCUACGUGCCCCUUGUGUUGGGAGAAUAUUUUUCUAUCUUCUUCUGUUCAUUUCCCAUAUCUUUUGUCGUGAUUCACUUCUUGUGUUUAUCGUUUUUUGCAUCUCGAUGUCGACAUCUCAUAUCUGCAUAAGUCAAUCAAGCCAAAAGAUUAUAAGCCG